GAAGGGUACACUGGGGACUGAUUUGACCCUCUGUCCAACGCUCUACGCAACCUCAAUCAUAUUCAUUUUCUAGAAUUUCUUUCCACUUUCCCUUUCACCUCCUUUUCUUACAGACAAAUUCCAUAAAUUUCACUGUCAAUUUGGUAAUAAAUCGUUAAGUAUCUAAGUUCAGUCAUCAAUGCAAGCAGUGCAAUGCCCAAGACAUGGCUUCCGCUAUAACGGCACUCUCUGUGCAUGCGACCCUGGCUUUUUCUACAAUCUCAGCAGCAACAGCUGUGGGCUAUUGGCUGAGUUGGGCUCGGCAGUGGAGCAGAACAGCGGCGUCGAUUCUGAAUCUACUCUGGCAUUCCCUGAGACCAUAUUCUCCUUUAACUCCAUCAAGAAGUUUACCCAGUCGCAGGCUGUUUUCUUAGAGGCCACUCUUGCUAUGCUCCUCUUCUGGCUCGGCUUCUGCCUCCUCCUCCGCCUCUUUCCCCUUGGAAACGAUGGCCGCUCACCCUGGUUCAAGAUUCGCUGGUGGAUUAGCCGUCUUGACAUCUCCUUCGCUACUCGGCACUGGCUUGAAGACCAGCAGGUGGUGAAGAAAAGGAAAACAGAGCUUGGUGGGACUUUCUCGAUUGCUAGUUGGAUGCUCUUUAUUGGUUUGUUCGCUGCGUUGCUCUACCAGAUCUUAUCGAAGAGGAGCGUUGAGGUUCAUAAUGUUAGAGCCACAAAUGGACCUGAUCUAGCGGCAUUCUUGAAUGACCUAGAGUUCAAUAUUACUACUAUUUCUAGUAUGAGCUGUGCUCAAUUGCGAGGUCUCGGGACUUUAGUUACAGGGAAUCCUGGCUUCAUUGAUUACAGAGUCACUUCUUUGUCAAACUUUGCUAACUAUUCUUGUCUAAACACCACCAAGGGGCCUACAAUUACUCUUAAGUGCAACAACUGCCAGCUUACUCGAGACAUUUUGUACGUCUCCUGGCAGUUCAUUGAUCUUCCCAAUAAUCCAGCAGCUGCCAUUGGCUUUCAGUUCAACCUUACUGCAAAGAGCCAUGCAGAUAAGAAGCAUUUGAGUUUUGUCAGUGGAACGCUAAAAAAUGCCAGCAACUUUGAUGACAAACCUGUUACCUUCAGAGGGGCCUUCCCAAAUAUACUGAAAUUCAAUUUAUGUCCUAGAAUAUACCAUAAUUUACGAGAUCUAAAGCUCAUCCAACCUCUUUUUCAUGAGUUUCUCCCCGGUUCAUCUUUUAGUGAGAUAAAUCAGCUUCAAACGUCUCUUGAAAACUCCAAUGAUGGAUUUAUCAACACUACAUUGUAUGUGAAUUUCCUCUCUUCAUAUAUUGUUGAGAUUGAUGAUCAAAAUAUUUUAGGACCUGUUAGCUUCCUUGCUGAUUUGGGUGGCCUUUAUUGCACUUGUAUUGGUAUUUUUUUCUUCUUCUUGGUCCAAUGUGAGCAUAGAAUCAAGAGGCUUCGCAAUGAGGAUAGCAUAAUGCGAAAGAUCAGAAAUCGUCGUAAAGCUCAAGAACGUUGGGAGAAAUUGAGAAAAUAUGUGAUGUUCACAUGGGGAUCUAGCUCAUUGGAUGACAAAUUUGGUACUGAGAAAAAUAUGGCAUGUCUCCCUGCUGUUGGGAUGGAAUCAUUCCACCCAGGUGGGCCUUCCCAUAGACGAAGGCUGUCAAGCAGGAUUGAUGGUGUUAGUUUGAGCAGAAAGGUUGGUGUGCCAGACAAUGUUCAAACUCAAGAGUUUAAAUCUUGCUCAACUCAUCAUGCACCAGACCUGGAACCGAGGAAACCAUGUUCAAGAAAUGAACCAGCUAUUUCGAUAGCCUUCUGGGAUAUUCCGAUAUCUUCAUGUGGUAGUCGGAAUUUGUUCGUGAUCCUGGGACAGUCGGAGCUUGCUUGCGAAUUUCUAGGGCAGCAGAUUUUGGUUGCUCUCUGGUCGGUGUGCACUGUAGUGGCCGACGCUUGCCAAAUCAUCUUCGGGUGGUCGAAUGCUAGCCGGAAUCUGUGGUGACCAGAGGGCGAGGAAUCGGUGAAUACAACACUUUUGUGAAAAAGGUACCAGCUGAAUCACAAGCUGCCAUUCAGGUUGUUCAUGAACAGAGCAAGCAAGAUCAGUUUAUGAUGAAAUUACGAACGAAACUUGAGGCAACUCGCUCAAAUUUGAUUAAUCGUGAUCCGCAUCCUUCUUUGGAUGUAUGCUUUGGGGAGUUAUUCCGUGAAGAGCAACGUCUCACAACACAGUCCAUUUUUCAGCAGCAUCACAUGACUCCUAAUGUUGUCACUUACGUAGCUCACGGGAAAAGCAAGGGAAGGGAUAUGCAAAAGGUCACGCUUCAGCUGCAAGGACUAUGGACCUAUUGCUACUCAUUGUACUAAGAAGUCUUGCAAUUAUUGUAAGAAGUCGGGACAUAUUAUCAAAGACUCCUACUCGACCUCGAAAUCGUUGGACAAAUGCAUAUCAAGUAUCGUCAACACACUGCCUCCUGAGGCAUCCUCUGCUGUUGCACAAUCCGUUGUUACUCCUGAAAUCUAUGAUGCUCGGACUUGGGUACGGGUAUCGGGUAUGGGUACGCGUACAUAUCUAAGUGUCGGAUCUUUUAUUUUCUAAAAUGUAGGAUACGGGGACAUGAUUAAAAAGAAUCCAAAUUUCGGACACAGGUACGUGGGUACGUCUUUGAAGCUUCAAUUUUUUUUAUUAACCUAAGAUGUCACUUUGAAUAGGUUAAAAUCAAUAGUUCACAAAAAAGGAAAUGAGUAUUAAAUAAGAUGUUAAGAUUAAUAAAAUACAAUUUUGGGGUUUAGUUUUCAAUUAUAGGAAACGGGAAAGAAAAGGAAAAGAAAAAAGAAGUAAAAAAGGGCGAAAUGUCCGGUUUAAAUUUAAAGGAUCCGACACAUAUCCCAUACUCAUACCCACGUCGUGUCGUGUCCAACUCGGGUACUCCAACCAUUUCGAAGAGUCCGAGCAUCAAAGCCUGAAAUGGUGCAACAAAUGAUUGUAUCUGCUUUUUCUGCUUUAGGACUUCAAGGUAAGCAUAAUACUUCAUCUUGGUCUUGGCUAGUUGAAUUUGGUGCCUCCGCCCGUAUCAAGGCUCGUCUCAUAUUCAAGUAGCUAAUGGGAGUCAUUUAGCUAUUGAUAACAUUAAUUCUGUUUUUCAAGAUGUUUUCAUAUCUCUUGGUUUGUCUAAAAGUCUUAUUUCAGUUGGCCAACUCGUUGAUAACAACUGUGAUGUUCAUUUCUCUCAUAAUGGUUGUUUU